UCCUGGAAUGUGAUUUUAUUUUACAAGAAAAGUGCCUCUACAUAAACACCAACGAAACAGUGCAAUUUAGAGAAAUAAUAAAUUUAUUGAUAAAAUUGAAUCCUAAUUCGAAAUCUGUCAUAUUUUCUGAUGUAAAAUAUUUUGGCGACAACAAAUUUUUAACCGAUAUGAAAAAUAUUUUCGUCUUCGCGAAUUCUAUACAAGAUUUGAAACAAGUUUUGAUAAUUAUAUCAGAAUCUUCUAUAUGGGAUAGUAGAACGAAAUUUUAUUUCUUUUUGAAUCAUCAAAUUAAAAUAAAUAGAAAAUUACUGUCAUCUAUUUGGAAUAGAAAAAUUAUUAAUUUUGUCGUUUUGUCAAUUCUCAAUAACGAUUUGUAUACAUUCAACGGUUUUUCAAAUAAAAUAACAAAAAUCACCGAGAAAUUUUGUGAAAACAUGUUUUUAGAUAAAAUUAAAAAUUUACAUAAACAUAGUAUACAGGCUGUCUCACAAGCGGCGAUACCUUACACGGCUUAUUACAACAACCAGUGGACAGGUUUAGAGUGGAUCGUAUUCAAAAUGUUUAUUUCUCAUAUAAAUGCCUCUAUGGAACGUAUAAUUACAAACGAUUAUAACGAAUCUGCUCAAUUAAUACAAAAAAAUAAAGGAGAUGUACUCGUCUUAAGGAUUUUUCAGUUGUUAUAUUACGAUAAAGUGGACUUUUCGUAUCCAGUGGAAUUUGCUAAUAGAGUUAUCAUGGUACCAAAACCAGAAAUCCUUCCACUUUACAUAAGUAUUACAACUUAAAACUGAAGGAGAAGAUGGCGUUGUUCAAGAAAAUAACAGUAGAGAUACCGUUAUUUUUUUGUUUUGUUAAUUUUUUACUUACGAGUUCAGUUUUGACGAAUCUCAUUGUAUAUAGAACAUGUUACAUCUUAUUGGAAUUUAAUAGAACGCGAUGUGCAGAACUCGGUAACCACGUUAACCAGGAUACCGAACAUUUAGAAAAAUUGGUCGAACCUACAGCCGAUAUAAUAAUAAUGAUAAAAUCAUUAGUAGAAUCAUUAUUUCCGAUUUUCGUUUGUAUGUUUGCUGGUCCGUGGUCGGAUAAACACGGAAGAAAACCCAUAUUACUGAUGACUUUAAUUGGUAUGACGUGUGGUUCUAUAUUGAUGAUCGUAUUCAGUUUUUUUGAAUAUCUAUCACCUUGGUACGUUUUAUUUACUUCAGUACCGUCUAUGUUGACUGGAAGUUCUACAACUUAUUUCGCUGUAACUUUGUCAUAUCUUUCGGAUAUAUCUACCGACGAAACGAGAGCCAUGAGAAUGGUGUUCUACGAAGUAGCCCUUGCUUGUGGGGUGCUUAUAGGAAGUGUUUCGAGUUCUUAUAUAUUCUAUGCGUCAAAUUAUCAAACUAUUUUUGGUAUAGGAAGCUGUUGUAUGAUAAUUAGUUGUUUAUACGUUUUUUUCUUUAUACCUGAAUCAUUAGAAAGUAAGAAAUUGAAUUCUCAAGAUUCUACAACAGAAGUAGAAAGUCGAAGGGUGCGAUUAGUUUACAUCGCGGAUGUAAUUCGAACGGCGUUUAAGAAACGAGAAAACUAUAAAAGGGCGUUAAUUAUAUUGAGUAUCGCUUCAAUAAUAAUAAUAACUUUCGCUACAGGAGGAGAUUAUUCUAUUCAGUUUAUAUUCCUGAGAGGGAAGCUUAAUUGGAAUUUAAGAAAAUACACUUUAUUCAGUAGCGCUUAUCACGCUUGUUGGGUAAUAGGAACGAUGUGUGGGACGUUCAUUUUGCAAAAAAAAUUGAAGAUCAGAGAAUUCGUUUUGGCUCUGGUAGGAUUAUCGUCCCUUCUGAGUUGCGUAAUCCUGCAAUUAUUCGCCACAAGUGAUAUUUUUAUUUAUAUAGGCGGCGUUACAAAAUGUUUGGGUGGAAUGGUGGCCCCCAUGCUGCGAUCUCAAGUAUCCCGAUUAGUUUCAGUGGACGAAGCAGGCAAAAUAUUUUCCAUAACAGUCGCAGGUGGAGCACUUAUAUCAUUAGGAGCAUCACCUUUAUAUACAGCAAUUUAUAAUGCUACAAUUAAUAUUGAUGCCGCCCUGUUUAAUAUUCUCACUAUAGUACUUAUAGGAGCAGCAAUUGUUUUAGUACUGAUUGCAAUAUUAUUGGAAAAUAUAUCUAAUUCCAGUACCCAGCAAAACGAAACACACACUAUUAUUGAAAAUGAAGCAGAUAGUGAAAAUUCAACACAGUGACGCAAUUUAAUUUUUUCAAUCCAGAUGUAUAUAAUUUGUAAAAAAAUAUAAGUACCUGCGUAAUUAA